AUGCCUCGCCUCCCCCGCAAGGCAAAGAACCAGCCUGCCAUCGUCGAAGAGGACAUCUCCGUCGAGGAGAAGAUAGUCACCAAGCAAGGCGCCGCCCAGGCAGUAGCCACGGUAAAAACUAAAGUCAAGAUCGAAAAGCAGAGCCCGCGGAAACGCAAGGCCGCGGCUAUCAAGGAGGAGGACGAGGACGACGACUUUGAGAACAUCGACCCUGCCGAGGCAAAGGAGACCAAGAAGCCGGCACCCAAGAAGCGCAAGACCAAGGUCAAGGAGGAAGACGCCAUGCCUCUCGCAGCCCGGACGGCCAUCGGCUCUUUGAAGAGGGCUAUGUACAUUGGCGCCCACGUUAGCGGAGCAGGAGGCGUCCAGAACUCGGUCGGCAACGCCGUCAACAUCGGCGCAAACGCCUUCGCCCUCUUCCUCAAGUCGCAGCGCAAGUGGGCCAACCCGCCCCUGGCGCCCGACGCCCGCGACGGCUUCCUCGCGGGCUGCUCCAGCCACGGCUUCGACGCCGGCAAGCACUGCGUCCCGCAUGGCUCCUACCUCGUCAACCUGGCGCAGGCGGACCGCGACAAGGCGGCGCAGGCCUACGACAGCUUCGUCGACGACCUGCAGCGCUGCGAGGCCCUCGGCAUCGGGCUGUACAACUUCCACCCGGGCUCGACCAACGGCGACACCAAGGAGGCGGCCAUCGGGCGCAUCGCGGCCCAGCUGAACCGCUCGCACAGGGCGACCGCCUCCGUCGUCACCGUCAUCGAGAACAUGUGCGGCAGCGGCAACGUCGUGGGCUCGCGCUUCGAGGAGCUGCGCGACAUCAUCGCCCAGGUCGACGACAAGAGCCGCGUGGGCGUCUGCAUCGACACCUGCCACGCCUUCGCCGCGGGCUACGACCUGCGCACCCCGCAGGCCUUCGCCGCGACCAUGGCCGAGUUCGACCGCGUCGUCGGCGCGAGAUACCUGCGCGCCUUCCACGUCAACGACAGCAAGGCCCCGCUCGGCUCGCACCGCGACCUGCACGCCAACAUCGGCACGGGCUUCCUCGGCCUGCGCGCCUUCCACAGCCUCAUGAACCACGAGGCCUUCCAGGACCUGCCCAUGGUGCUCGAGACGCCCAUCGACCGCAAGGGGCCCGACGGCAAGACGGUCGAGGACAAGGGCGUCUGGGCGCGCGAGAUCAAGCUGCUCGAGAGCCUGAUCGGCAUGGACCCCGACUGCGACGAGUUCAAGGCCAAAGAGAAGGAGCUGCAGGCCGCGGGCGCCGAGGAGCGCGGCAGGAUACAGGCACAGGUCGACAAGAAGGCUGACAAAGAUGCCAAGAAGGAUGCGAAGCCGAAAAAAGGCACACUGAAGAGCUUCUUCAAGAAGAAGAAGAAGACAGAAAGCGACGACGAGGACGAGAGUGACUGA